AUGCGCUACCUUCAAAAUAUGGUCCUCCUGAUCAGCGUCCUGGGAGCAGCCCCUGCUGUUCUUGCAGCUGCAUCAUGCGCCGAUGUACAGCCACUACAAGCGUUCCAGCCUCAGGACGACGACGCUGAAUACGACGACGACGAUGAGGGCUUGACAGGCAAUUACGGCGUCACUUUGUUGGCUCAGCUGGAGUACCGAGCUCGUGUCAAGUGCUUGACCAAAGGUCGCCCUGGCAAAAACUGCUACUACUCGCAGUGCCCUGGAAGUAAACAGUGCAAGGUCAACGUACGAGGAAACUGUAUGUUCAAAUACACUCAGAAGAAGAGGCCCUUUGGUUGCAGCCUGUGCCUUUGCUACCGCUCAAGCAUGUGA